GUGUUUUAUAACACUAAGCAAACUCAAAUGUUUUACUAUCUAUAAAUUAUAAAGAAAUGUAUAAGUAAACGCUUGAACUUUAAAAACUAUGGAAAGCAGCCCCUUCAAUAGAAGCGGACUAACGCGCCGCUCACCACCGCCGACACCAACCCAAACUCCGAGCCACAGCCAAGACGAGAGGAUGGAAGUGAUCUCAACAUCAGACCUACAGCACUGGAUGGGAUGCAUUGAGACCCAACUAAACGAGAUAUGUCAUAUAACUGGCGAAGGCAAGCUAAACUCGGAUCAAAAGUUAAAGGUGAGCUCCCUAUGUCGCAAAAUUGGGCAUAAUGUUGGCCAACUAGCCUGCAAAUAUCAAUCGCUCAAACAAAAAGCCACUCAGACGCACUAUUCCCUCCAAGUCCUUAAAGAACAUCAAGCCCAAGAAGAAAGUCUGACUGCAGAAAUUAAGCGGACCAUACAAGAAUCUUGUGGGAAAACCACCAUGGAAACCACUACUUUUGCAGACAUGGUGAAAAAAGGAGCCAAUGAUUUUGUGCGCCCAAUAAAUGUCAAUUCCGUAGCGAUUUAUCCCAAGGAUAACUCGAAAUCAAGUGAUGACACCAAAAGCUUGGUUCAAAAAAUCGUGUGCCCCGAGGAAAUGAAAAUAAAAGUUCGUGGAGUACGAAGGGUUCGGAAUGGAGGUGUUAUCAUCAGCACGAAUUCAAAGGACGACGUCGAAAAACUGAUGAAAACUGUGCAGUCAUCAAACUCAGACCUAACAAUCAACGAACCGCAAAAAAGAAAACCCCGCAUAAUCAUUAUAGGAGUACCGACAUCUAUACCAGAAUCCGAAGUCUACAACUGCAUAUUUGAGCAGAACGUGGCCGACAAAAUUCCAUCCAUGACCAGGGAGUCAUUUAUGUCUUCAAUAAAAACAAGCCAUAAAUCCGGCAGAAAAGAUACUGAUCAUCAUAACCUGAUUAUCGAAGUCUCAGCUGCUAUACGGAAAGCACUCAUCACCCAAGACCGAGUUUUCAUAAACUGGACCUCCUGCCCGGUAAGAGACUUCACAUUGGUGACUAGAUGUUUCAAUUGUCAUCAAUACGGCCACGCAGCUAAAUUCUGCAGAAAUCCAGUUGUAACCUGUGGACAUUGCGCUACUGAGGGCCAUUCAAUCAAGGAUUGCCCGAAAAAAUUAGACCCACCGAAAUGUGCCUCGUGCCUGCGAUUCAACAAACCAUCUAAUCACAAGACAGGAGAACAAGAUUGCCCAGCAAAGAAGGCGGCCGAAUUCAGGUAUAUAAAUUCGAUCGAUUUUGAAGGCGCCUAAGAGCGCCAUUGCAACAUUAUUAUUAGCACUAAAUUAAAAUUUUAAAAUCGAUACUACAUGAAUCAAAAUCUAAUUAAUGAAGUAGAACAUAGUUUUCCAACAAUCACAAAAGCAUGCGAUGUGGAGGACUGCGAACAGUAUCUUUCGGAUUUUAAAAACUCUUUUAAAAUAGUCACUCAAAACAUUCGCAGCAUCUACAAAAAUAUUGAUAGUUUUCACACUUUUUUGCACAGAGCUAACCUAAAUUUUGACGCUAUGGUUUUAACAGAGUGUUGGUUGUCAAAUAGAAACGAAAAUAUACCUCAAAUACCGGGAUAUCAGACUUUCUGUAGUAAAUCAACAUAUAAUCAAAACGAUGGCGUCGUAGUAUAUAUCAAAGAAACACUCGAAGCCACAGUUGAAGAAACAACCGUACACGACUGCAACUGUGUCACGGUAAAAAUAGGAAAGAAUGUUGCACUAUUAGCUAUGUAUAGAUCCCCUUCCUUUAGAAACACUGAUAGGUUUCUGCUUUCCCUAAAUCAGACCCUUACAGCCCUAACACCCUUCCCGAACAUAAUAUUAACUGGUGACAUAAAUCUAAACAUUGGUUCUGACAUUCUUGACACAGGGACCAACAACUAUUUAGAUCUCUGCUCCUUUCAUGGGCUCCAGCCUGCACAUACCCUGCCCACACAUCAAAGUGGUUCUUGUCUGGAUCAUGUGAUGAUUAAGUCUAAAUUAGCAUAUAUA